CGGCCAAAGACAAGAGCUUCGGAAGAAGCAGCGAAGCAUUCGACGAUACCUACUUACAAUAUAAUAUGCCCACGAUUUCCCUGACGAGCAUUUCCUCACUUGCCCCUUCGAAAAUGUCUUCUCUGCAAUGAUACCCAGAUAGCGAUCCGCCCAUUUGUCAACAAGCGCGUUGACAUUCCCCAAGCCCCGUGGCCUUUGGACGAUUCCCGUACCCGAAUUCUGUGCAACGGAAACUACUCACGAUAGGUGAGACUCGAAGAACAAACACCGCCGGACUGUUGUGGGGGGUUGGAGGUUGCGAGAACCAAUUGAGGCGCAGAAAUAUCUCAUCCGGCGUUGAGCCCAAGUCCCAUACACUCUGUCCAACAUGGCAUCUCCAGCGCCGCGAUACUCAAUCGACAGUCUUUCGCCCGCAUCGCCAACCCCUUCUCGAGGCGAAUAUCCAUUUCCAAGGCCCGGCGCGAGUGGAAGGUACCAGCCCAGGCGUGGCUCCACGGCCAGUUCAAUACAUUCUAUAGGCGGCGCCUUAGACACAGCAUCGCAUUGGCACGGAUUGAACGAGUCCAGCCAGAAUGCUAUCUCAACACUUCUGCAGCCUCCUAUUGUUCGAACAGGCUUAAUACCACAUACAUCCGCCCCAGCCUCGAGCGCCCAUAAACCACCUACAGCUCGAGAUAUACCUCCUGUCACUCUUACCAACAUCCCCCAUGUCGACCCAUCCGAAUUCAAGCCAUAUUUGAAUCAAGUUGGAGGCCUGUAUGAAGCAUUGCAACGUGCGAAGGAUAACGAAGAUGAUGGAGGGACGCAGCUGUUUAGAAAAGGUAAACAUGAUGACUUCUCGGACCUCCUGGAUCUGGACCGUAAAUCAGCAAGUCGACCAAAUGUAUCUCGAAAAGCUUCCCUAGCUUCCCUAGCUUCAUUUAUCGAAACACCGACGAUAAAACGGAGGACGAGUGGAGGCCCAGGAAGAAGGGCUGCACAUGCGACUACGCCCUUAUCAACAAUACCAAAUGUUUAUUUUGAAGAGGAUUUCCACUUGGAAAACCCCCGAACAUUUGAUGUGGUCAGCGAAAGGUCAGAAGUGGUUAAGCCAGCACCGGGAUCUCCUGAUGAACGGAGGACUUCGAAUGGAGUAGCCGUAGGACAACGGAAGGCUUUAGCAACCAAUGCUAUUCUUCAGGAGAAGCUUUCGUGGUAUAUGGACACCAUCGAAGUUCACCUAAUAUCUUCGAUCUCAACUGCUUCGACGUCUUUUUUUGCAGCGCUGGGCUCGCUGAGAGAACUUCACCAUGAAGCCGCCGAAUCCGUGGACCGCAUCAAAGCUCUACGAAAAGAACUCGCAACUUUAGAUGAAGAAAUGGCGGUUGGGGGUCUAAAUAUUGUCAAGAAGAAACGGCGUCGAGAAAAUCUGAAGCAGCUGAGUGAUGCGGUCCAACAAUUGAAACAGAUCGUGGAAGGACUUACGAGUUGCGAAUCUCUGGUCGAUGAAGGCGAUGUCGACAAGGCCUUAGAUGCUAUCGAUGGCUUGGAGAAGCUUAUUUCCGGAGUGGCUAACAAAAACACCAAGAUUCAGCUCAGGGAUCUCAGAGGAGCAGUAGCAUUAAAUGGUGUGAAUAGUGACUUGGAUCUGCUGCGGUUGCGGAUUGGCAAGACAUACGAGACAAGAUUCUUGAAUGCUUUGAUUGGGGAUCUUCGGCACCAUGUGGAGUCUGUCUCAACACCGGACACUUUACAGCGAUGGAGCAGUGCCUCUCAGCGAUCCAGGGGUGGUCACAAUCGUGAGCCAUCUGCGUAUCCUGCAUACUUGGUGAUGAGCGACCAGUUCAGAACAGAACUGCUAGGGAAUUUGAGUGGAUUACAUCGUGCUCGGCAUACAUCUCCUGCCACAACAGCCUACCGGGAUGCGGUCCUGCGAGAGCUUAGAAAUAUCAUACGACGGCCCCUGCCGGCUUCGAAUGAUGACGAUGCAGACUCAAUGAUGUCUGCUUCUACAAUGGGAGGUGGGAGGCAGAAGACGCAACAAGAAAAGUCAUCAAUCCUUGCGCGGAACCUUCGUGCCCUGGAACCGGAAGAUGCUGAGGAGCUACUAAAAAAGAUAUAUAUAGGCGUGGGUGAAACGUUAAGGAGGCUUGGAACGCAAGUGAAGGUGUUAUUGGACGUGACCAGCACUCUUGGAGAACCUGUUUCUGGGAUGAGAUCUCCACCACGAAGCCCCAAUAUGGCCGCAAGUGACGGGCGGCUCAGUUCAGCCCCAUCGAAGGGAAACUCUGGACGAGAGAUCCAAGAAGAGAUGCAUCAAACACUCGAUAUGUCGAAUCUUCUGGGUCAGGCAGUUGAUAUCGCACAGGACAAGAUUGUGAAAGUUCUCAGAGUACGAUCCGAGCAAAGCACCCACCUUUCAGUCGAAAAUUUCCUAAGGUACUUCAAUCUAAAUCUCCUCUUCGCCAAUGAGUGUGAGGCAGUAUCCGGGCGGAGCGGUACAGCUCUCAAAAAUGUCGUCAAUGGUCACAUCAAAGACUUUGUACAGCAGAUUAGCGAAUCUGAACGUCAAGCAUUGGCUACUGGUAUGGAAGCAGAUCCUUGGAACGCAAAGGAUUUCACCGAUGCAGAUAACGAAGAGUUAACCCGCAUAUUGUCUGCUAGUACUGAAGAUGCCGAAGCUUGGACUUCAGGAAGCAAAGUAUGGCAAGCUCCGCCUACACCGUCACCUCCAAAUACCCUGGCGAGCCUUCUUGCAGCACAGGUAAACGGUGAUUCUGGAACAUCCACACCUUCAGCAACGCCGUCAAAAUCUACUACUCGUUCCGCCCACAUAGAAAGCGAAUCUUUCAUCCUACCUGUGUCUGCAAUACUUUGCUUGCACGGACUCUCUUCAUUCCUGCAUCUCAACACAGGCAUCCCAUCAAUAACAUCCGAGAUCGCUACAUCCAUGAUAUCAUACCUAAGUCUCUUCAAUUCUCGCUGUACGCAACUCAUUCUUGGAGCUGGUGCCACUCGUUCUGCUGGACUGAGAAAUAUUACAACUAAACAUCUGGCUCUCGCCGCUCAAGCCCUAUCCUUCAUCAGCAGUCUCAUCCCCCACGUACGUGAAUUCGUCCGCCGACAUGCAGGUUCUGGAUCGGCUGUCUCAUCUCUCAUGGGCGAAUUUGACAAAGUCCGUAGAGCUUACUUGGAACACCAGCAAUCAAUAUACGACAAGCUCGUCGAUAUCAUGGCUGGUCGGGCUACUGCCCACUCUAAAGCCAUGAAACUCAUCAACUGGGACCAGAGCAGGGAUGGAGUCAACGCAUACAUGGAGACUCUGACCAAAGAAACCAGCACAUUGCACAGGGUGCUCAGCAAGCAUCUCCCAGAUAUGACAGUGAAGAUGAUCAUGGAGCCUGUAUUUAAGAGCUACAAAGAGCAGUGGGGUAAAGCAUUCGGGGAUGUGGUGCUGGGAAGUGAUGCUGCUCAAGCAAGGAUGCUUCGCGACGCAGAACACUUCAAGACCAAAAUCGGCGGCUUAGAUGGCGCAGGCGACGCAGGCGACUACCUCGUGAAACUCGUCAACGCGAAGAGCGUUCCCAAACCCAAAGUAACCAGUCCACCACCUCCCGCACCAAGUGAAGAACAGGCCAAGGAGACAGAGAAAGAGAAGGAGAAAGAGUCAAUACCGAAUGGCAAGACUACUAGUAGUGAGGCUACCACUCCUGCAAUUGAAGAGACAAAGGAGAAUGGAAGCCCGGCGGUGGAUGAAUUGGAGAAGGCGCAGACUAGCGCUGUGUCGCAUGGUUAGAUGAGAUGAGAUACCAGGAAUAAAUAUUGUUUGAAUAUCAUGACGG